GAGGAGAGGGAAGCCAUUGAGGUGGCCCCGGAGAAGCCACGUGGUACGACAGCCAAUUGGCAGUUCUGUUGCGCAGGCCCUCAGCUCUCGUUUCGGCCAAUGGAUUGACAAUUGGCCUCCCGCAAUGGUUUUUGGGAGGUCAUGGCUAUGGCGCCGCCGAUGCGGUACUGCGUCCCAGGCGAACGACUGUGUAACUUGGAGGAGGCCAGCCCCGGCAGCGGCACCUACACCCGGCACGGCUACAUCUUCUCCUCGCUCUCCGGCUGCCUGGUGAAGACGAGCGACAACGGCGAGCUUCCGGUGGUGUCGGUGACGAGAGAGACCGAGUCCCAGAUGCUGCCAGAUGUGGGAACGAUCGUAACCUGCAAGGUCUCCAGCAUUAAUUCUCGCUUUGCCAAAGUACAUAUCUUAUAUGUGGGAUCCACACCACUCAAGAACUCCUUUAGAGGAACUAUCAGGAAGGAAGAUGUUCGAGCUACUGAAAAAGACAAGGUUGAAAUAUAUAAGAGUUUCCGCCCAGGUGACAUCGUGCUGGCUAAAGUGAUUUCCCUAGGUGAUGCACAGUCCAAUUACCUGUUGACAACUGCAGAAAAUGAGCUGGGAGUGGUGGUGGCCCACAGUGAAUCAGGUGGAUCAUCGCUGCUAUAUCCCACUAAAAACUGCCUCUUUCUGUCUCUUGGAGCAGAGCAGGUGUUCAGAUGGUACCCAUCAGCUGGUGUGAGAUGCAGUGUCCCAGGACACACACUAAAGAAUUCCGCAAAGUAGCACGAGUACAGCCUGAGUUCCUGCAGACAUAAGUAGCUACAUCCUUUCCCCAUAGUGGGGGUGUCUAUUUUCUAGUAUCCACAUAUGAUCAAAACAAAAAGACCUUGGGCUUACCAGAAACCACAUUUGGAAAUAACUGCCUGAAGCUUCCACUGUACACGGAGGAUUAUUCCUGAGCCUUUCACCACAAAUCCCACAGAUGGAUUUUCUCUCCCCUUUGAGAUGCCAGCAAAAGAAAACUGUCUGAUGAUGGAAGCAGCCAACAAAGUGAUUUUCUGUUCCUUUCCUACUCCUCGAUAGUGCUGUAAAUGUGGCUUGUUUGUUUUCUUCAGACAAAUAAAGCAUUUUUACUGAAAGACUUUUCUGA